AAUUUUUAACAGUUCAAUGGCAUCAAAAGUGAAAAUAGAAUGCAUAAAAUAAGGAUACUAAAUUAGCAAUGAAAUGAAAAUAGAUAUAAUGGACUUUUACAAUAGAUCAUUACAUUAAGAGCAUUAUGCUCAUAAAACUGAUUAUAUUAGACACAAUCUAGAAGAGAAAUAUGGUAAUGAAUAUAUAUAUAAAAAGGUCGAUGUUUUUCAGUAAUAAUAUAUUAAAUAGGUUCAUUUGUGUCUCAUUCAUUUUUACAUGCAGAUGAUUUUUUGUUAGAAUUGAGAUCACCUGAACAUCAUAUUCUUGCAUAUUUAUUACCUCCUUCAUAUACUCCUCCUCCAUUGAUCCCAGAUCCUUAAGUUUUACCAUUAAGUAGAACAUUACCUCAUCCAUUACAUGCAGCUAGACCUGUUUAAUUGUAAUUAUUUAUAUUUACUUUAGUUAAUAAUCACCUUAAUCCAAAAUAUCAAAUUAUCCUACAUAAUAUUCAUCUUAUUAUGCAAAUAAAUAUUAUGAUGGUUAUUAUAGAAGAGGAUAUUGGUGA